AUGAAGUGUCGGUACUAUCUACUGCGUCUGCCUCACUUCGCCAUCAUGACCGACCACGAACCCCUUGUCCCUAUCCUCAACUCCUAUACGCUCGACGACAUUGACAAUCCUAGACUUGCACCGGUGGACAAGCCGUCUCCUGAGAACGUGGUACUUAGUGAGGAGGCCUGCAUUCAUGUCAGAGGCGUAGUAGCUAACGCUACUAUUGAUGUUGUAUUGCCUGCAGAAUAUUUUAUGCUGGACGGAAUAAGUACUGCAACCCAAGAGGACGCAGUGUACGUCAAACUAACUCGGGGCUUUCCCACCACCCGCGACAGCCUGGACCCUGCCCUGCUACAUUACUGGAAGGAGCCUGACAACCUGUAUCACGACAGGGAGUUCAUAUUGCUCGGGCCAUGUAUCUUGAUUCCUUCCUCCCUUCGACGUGAUGUCCUGGCGCGCCUUCACGACAGUCACCGCGGCAUGGAGGCCACAAAGCGCUGUAUACGUCAGACUAUGUGGUGGCCUGGGAUCAGCUCUGACAAUACUAACGUGGUGAGGGCGUGCACGGCAUGCCAGAUGUUGUUACCAAAUCAGCAGCAAGAGCCAUUGAUGUGUGAGGAGGUCCCCUACAGGCCGUUCGAGUGUGUGUCUGCAGACUUUUUCAGCACGGAGUCUUUCCUCGUACACGCAGAUAGGCGGUCGGGAUGGCCUGUAGUGGCUCUGUAUGGGUCUAACACCGCUUCUGCCACCAUUGGUUCCUUCAGGAGGUUCUUUCGAGACCUAGGUGUCCCCUUGAGACUUAGAACAGAUGGGGGUCCGCAGUUUACCUGUCGCUGA